AUGUCCUCCCCCUUCUCCCGCUCCCAAAGUACCGUACGCUCCAGCUCCGUCGCCCCUGACACCCAACAGGUAAGUGGGGGUAAUGUAGUUAUUAAUUACAGUAACUUUUUAUUAAUUAUUGUGGUAAUGCCUUGUAUGGUUAUAUUGUAGUAACUUUUCAAUAGUGUAGAUUUUAGUUAGUGGGCGAACCAUCAGUGUACCUAAGCACAAUCAGCAAAUGCUGGCCUCGUUACCGUAACUUUCUGUAAGGUUUUACAAUACUACUGUAUUUUAACAUAACAACCACUAUUACAUAAUUAUAGAAACGAGUACUCUCACCGUAGUUCCAAUUACGGUCCCUUCUACUACGACGCUUACUACAAGAGACAGCCCACUUACUUCAACCCUAUCAGGACAUACCACUACGAGUGUAAGCUUAUCAUAUUCUAAUUAUUACUGUUUUUACGCAAAAUUCAUACAAUUUUGUUUCAGUCGGCUACUACUAA